AUGCGACGACAACAAUAUCGAGCCUCGCAGACGGCCGUCCGUACGGCCUCUGACCCUCAGAGUCUCUUGCACAACUACGAUGCUGUCCUCAACCCGUCUCGGCCUGCCAAAUCGUCGCCGUUAGGCAACUCGACAAUCGCUGGUUUGCCACUAGAGCUACUCGAAAGACUCAAGGCUUUCCCACUCUUUCAGACCGCACCAGAAUCCUUCCUGCUCAGUAUCGGUAGGAGCCUGCGACCAAAUGUCUACCAAACGUCGGCCGAAAUUAUUCGCGAGGGCGAGGAGGCCAAAGCGAUGUACUGGCUAGUACGCGGUAGCGUGAGAGUCACCAGCAGGGAUGGCGAGUCCACUUAUGCAGAGCUGAAGCCGGGAGCUUUCUUCGGCGAGAUCGGCAUUCUAAUGGACAUGCCGCGGACUGCUUCGAUCGUGGCGAGUAUGCGCAGUCUGGUGGUGCGGUUGAACAAGGAAGAUCUACAGAAAGAGCUGCCGAGGUAUCCUGACGUUGAGCGUGCGAUCAGAGAAGAGGCCCUUGAGAGAUUGACAAUACUGGAGCGGAAGAAGAGCGAGAGACCAGUAUCGAGUGGCGAGGGCUGUGGUGUAGUACGGUCGAUCGCUGCACCACGGAAGAGAUCACGAGACUGGAUGGCGGGUGAUGUAGAGAUGGGUGAAGCAGGGUCGCUGAUGGAUGAUGCGGUAUUGGCGAACAAACGACGGAAGUCACCUUCGCCUGGUGUGGUCGAAGUCGUGGCGUCGAAUACGAUGCACGAUGUUCCGCUGACAGUGCGGUCGCUGUUGAAGGAACUACCACUAUUUGCUGGACUACCGAACGACAUCCUCCACUAUCUGGGCGUCAAUGCGCAGCCGAUGUCGUUUGCGCCAUUCACGGACAUCAUCAAACAAGGAAGCACGGGACGAGAUGUUUACUUUCUCAUUAAAGGCGAUGUAGAGAUCCUGACGGAAGGGCCAGACUCGAGAAGAACAUCAGCCCAGACCGGACCCGACGGUAAGGCACUCGAUGACGGAGCAAUAGCGCCCAGGCAGCGUGUCCGCGCAAGACUCAAGGCUGGCCAGUACUUUGGGGAGGUCACGAGCUUGUCUCUAGCACCGAGAAGGACGGCAACAGUGCGAAGUGUCGAUUCUGUGGAGUGUCUUCUGAUCAACGGAAGCACUCUUGAUGAGCUCUGGGCGCGCUGUACGCCAGGUCUCCGCCAGCAGGUUGAACACGAGGCGAAGCGAAGACUGAGUGCUGCGAAAAGAGACGACGAUGUAGUCAUGUCAGAUGCCAGCUUCGAAGGUGGUCCUUUCGGCGGUUACGCUGUAAAGCAAGACGAUGCGCGUCAUGAAGAGCUGAAUGCUUGGCGGAAGAGUCUACCGACCGUGACAUUCGAGGAGCCACCACUGGACGACCUGCCUACGCCAAUACAGCAGAUGGAGCCAGUUGAUCCAGACCCAUUUUUCAACCGUGACAAGCUCGAUAACAUGCGCGCAAAGUCGCGGCGAUCUUCUCUUGCACCGCCUGUGCCGCAAUCGGAGAUGCAGCACGAUUCAUUCAACGACGCACAGCGCACGCCUAGCCCACCCGCGCAUCUUCGGAUCCUAUCCUCGUCGCCGCUCAAGCCAGGCACAAAGUUCUCGCCCUUCGCAUCACCAACCUCGCCCGCGCGUCUAUCACCGACAACCACGCGAAGACCAAGUCUCGAUCGCCGACCAUCGAGUUUCGGCAAAGGUCGACUGCCAGAUUCCCUUCUUGUCCUGAUCUUCCAGCAGCUCGACCUCGUCGAGCUUAUGCGAUUUCGACUGGUAUCGAUGCACUGGUGGGAUCUGCUCAACACUUCUCCUGAUAUCCUGCACCACCUCAAUCUCGCGAAUUAUAAUCGUCACGUUACAGACGAUGUACUCCGCAACAUCAUCAUACCUUUCGUAGGCAAGCGACCCCGGCACAUAGACAUGAGCAACUGCUUUCACAUCACAGACGAAGGCUUCAAAGCACUUGCCGAGGCUUGUGGCGAGAGCGUGAAAAUGUGGAGGAUGAAGUCUGUCUGGGACGUGUCCGGUCCAGCAGUACUAGCACUAGUAGACAAAGCCAAAGGCCUCGAAGAAAUUGACCUUAGCAACUGCCGCAAAGUCGGCGACAAUCUCCUUGCCCGGGUCGUAGGCUGGAUCGUCCCCGAUAAGCCAGCCCAAGCGCAGCCGGCUCCACCACCAGUGACAAAUGGGAAGCGCCUGCCCGGCAAACGAGGAGCCACGCAGCCUGCGCAACCUGAACAGCCACCUCCUGCGCCGGGUACAGUGAUCGGCGCUUCUAAGCUCAAGAAGCUGACACUAAGCUACUGCAAGCAUAUACAGGAUAGAAGUAUGGCCCACAUAGCCGUGCACGCCGCCGAACGCCUGGAAAGUCUCGACUUGACUCGCUGCACUAGUAUCAGCGACGCCGGAUUCCAUUCCUGGAGCGUGUAUGAAUUCAAGAACUUGCGGCGAUUAGUCCUUGCCGAUUGUACGUACCUCUCUGACCAAGCGAUCAUUGGCGUUGUAGGCGGGUGUCACGGGCUGAGGGAACUGGACCUCAGUUUCUGCUGUGCGUUGAGCGAUACAGCUACGGAAGUCCUUGCCCUCGGCCUGCCGGCUUUGAGAUCCCUCAACAUGGCUUUCUGCGGGAGUGCCGUGAGCGAUAACAGUCUAAGGUGUAUCGGCCGCCAUCUCCUCGAACUGCGUUAUCUUUCCGUCCGCGGAUGCGUACGCGUUACGGGACAGGGUGUGGAGAGCGUGGUCGAGGAUUGUAGGGCUUUGGAGGUCUUUGAUUGUUCCGUGGGCUACGUUGCAUUUAAUUGUGCUCUAUGCGUUCGAAAGGGGGCACUCGGCGCCGCUCCUGCCAUUGCCACAUCGAUCGCCACGCUUAUGUUCGUUCUGCGUGAGCGUUAG